UCUCUGCUGUGGCGGGGCAAUGGCGGGGCUCAAAUGUUUGUCAUCAACGCCAACUCACGUGCACCCGAACGCAGUCCUCUCAUCACUCCCGUCGUCUCAAUACUUGAUCGCCAACCACUCUGAAUAUGUCGAAUGAAGACCAAAGUAUACGCGGCUUGUUUGCCAAGGCCGAGCAAGUCAGGGAGGAGCUGGCAGGCUCAUACGAGCCGAACAGCCCGACCUACCAAGAAAAUCUUAGCAUCGCCAUCGCCACAUACGUGCAAUGUCUGAAGAAGGUCGAGGAUUUCUCGUUGUUCAGUCCAAACGAGACUCUGGAGGAUGUAUCUUCCACUGACAUCCAGUACAUGUCCAUCAACUACCACCUGGCUGAACUCAUCCAAAGAGUCUUCACUCCUGAGGUAUCGGCACGAAAGGAGCAAAUCUUGCAAUCCAGGGCGCGUUAUGAACUUUUCCUAAAGCUCCUAGACUCGUAUGAUAUGCUCAGCAAACGUGAUGCGAAACUCUUCGAGGUCUACAACGAAGACAAGCAGAAUUUCUCCACAGUCAGCACGACAGAUGCCGCCGCAAGAAGAGAUGUCAAGAUUGCAAGAUUCAGGGAAGAGAAAGAGUUGAAGCAGAAACUUGAGUACCUGAGGCGGAACCCCAAGCUUGCAGAGCAGGACGAUCAAGUCGUUCGAGACCUGAAUCAGACCAGCAUCAGUUUUAUGGUGUUCCAGACUUUCCAGUCCCUCGAGUCGCUGGCUCAAGAACUGCAUAUCAUCUCACUAGCGCCCCCUGCGCCCCCUCCAGGGCAGCGGGGACCGCCACAAGAUGGUCGCGAGGACGGAAGAAACAAGGACGGUUACUCAGAGCGGCUUGAUGGUCAGGUCGGCGGCCUGAGAUACUCUGGACCCAUUCUUAGCAGCGACGGCAAGCCGAUGCGACCUUUCACACUGCUCGACAACCGCCAGACCCUCAAAAAGAACGUCUUCCGACCGGAUCACAGCCUUCCAACUAUGACUAUUGACGAGUACCUCGAGGAAGAGAAGCGCCGUGGUGGUAUGAUUGAGGGUGGAGGCCCGCAGUCCGAGAUCCGACCAGAGCCCAAUGAAGAUGAUCUUGAGGCGGCCGAUGCAGAGACAAUGAAGGCACGUGCUUGGGAUGAAUAUGUCGAAGAGAACCCCAAGGGCUCCGGCAACACACUCAACAGAGGCUAGGCACUGUUCAUUAUCCGUUUAGAUACCCAGUAAUGAGACUCCGACUAUGUAUCAGACCCACGGCGACUGCUGCGUCCUUUACAAG